AUGUAAUAUCUUCAUUUUUUUGCUUAUAGCCUGAUUAUUUUUUUGGAAUUUAAAAAAAACAAUAAUAAAGGUGUUACUUCUCAUAAUCCCAGUUCGGACAUUGCCACACUGGCCUAGAGAAAAAUCAUUUCCAACAUUUGGAUUUGAAUAUCCUCAUUCCUGCUAUGGCUUCGUGAUUCAAAGCACAAAAAAUUCAAGCAAAACUGAACUAAUUUUUGAUUCAUCAAGUAAAUCUCUGCUUCUAGCUCUAUUGUAUUUUUAAAUCAAGGAGAAGAAAUUAAAAAAGGAACAACCAGAAAAGUGCCUAUUAGUCGGAAAUUCGUUACAUAAAAUGCCCAAGAAUCUUAGAAACCUAAAUUCUCAUAUAAACCAAACAUAUUUCCUUUGA